UAGCAGAAUUUUGUGUGAGUUUGACAAUCAGUGGAGAUCCACUUUUCAGAAUUUAUAAUAUAUUACGAAAAAUCUCCAUUGGAUUGUGUUUGAUUUCGCCCAAUUGGAAACAUGUUCUGAAGAAUGGUAUAUUCGGCACCGAGUUAGCAGGCAAACAAGGUUAUUUGGGUGAUAUCAUGAGCGAAGACGAAAGCCACAGCCUGAGCCAGAGCGGUUCAAAUGAAGCGAGUUCGGGAAAGGACUCAGCCCCGAGCGGUGAGUCAGACGCAAAGACGAUAAGUAGUCUAAAGAAAAGGCGCGCCCAGUUAAGAGGUAAGAUUACACGCUCUCUAAACCGAGUUAGAAAGUUCAUCGACCAAGGCGCGGAUAUGCGCAAAAGAAUUGAGAAAGAAUUAUUGCAAAUACAAAAGGACUUUGAGUUAGCGCGUGAAUGUCACGCUGAGAUGUACGAGUACGCUGAUGAAGGGCAAACAUCAACAAUAGACGAUUGGGAAGACAUUCUAACAAAUGAUUUCUACGACAUUGAAAAAAGCGUUGAGACCUUUCUUCAGUCCCUCUCCGUACAUGAACACGCUAACCCAAUGCCUCAAAAUAAUGAACAGACUGUCGAUCAGCCAGCAGAUGGCAAUACCAGCUCCUUAGAACCAGUGGGGGGUACAGCUGGACCUAAUUAUGAAAUGCCUGAGGAACCCCUGCCUCAAGAAGCCACGGUUGGGGAGAAUGACUUAACUAUUACCCCUGUUGGUGUUAGUGGUACGAACAUAUCAAAUGGUGACUUUGCGCGAGAUAUUGCAUGUAAUUCUGCCCCAGAAGAGCCUAAAGCCCAUGCCACAAAAAAUUCUGUCAGCAGUCCAAAGUCUGAUCUGUCAUCGCCGGAAUCGUUUGACAGCUGGAUAGAUAAUCUGGUUGAGUUUGAGGAAACAGUGUUAUCAAAUAGGGCAUCAGAAAUGUCAAUCGCGGAAGCUUUGUACAAACUAGAAGCUUGCAAAGACAUUCCCAGUAUUAAAUUGAUUAAGUAUGAUGGUAAUCCAUUAACGUACGUUGAGUUUAUGGAACGUUUCAAAUUGCAUAUUCAUGAUAAACCGCACCUUUCCGACGACGUAAGAAUUGUGCAAUUAAAAAUGCAUUUAGUCAGCAACGCGGAACGCGCUGUGAGCGGCCUUGGUUCACAGGGGAAAAUGUACGCGACCGCACUAAAAACUCUCAAAGAACAGUUUGGCCAACCCAGCGUAAUUGCCAGACCAUAUAUUAACAAGUUGGUCGACGCGAGUAAGAUCCAAAACAACAAUAGAGAGGCUUUACAACAAUUGUCCUUCGAUGUCGCAAACAGCGCAGCAACGCUGAAGCAAAUUAACCACCUUGCAGAUGUUAGUGCCACAGGAAACCUUAGAAGUAUUGUAAAACGGCUACCCGAUCACAUGAUAGACAAAUGGAAAGCUACAGCAUCAGACCUGAGAGAAAAGGGACAGACCCCCUCGUUAGAAGCGAUCAGUAAGUUUUUGAGAAAACGCGUUAAGGCCAAGUUCGAUCCGGAUUUUGGCGAUAUACCAAAAUCAGGAUCUCAGCGACCUGCUAGAAAGGGAAUCCAUUCCAACCAGAGAGAGAAGAAACUCCUUCAAUGUUACGUAUGCUCCGAAAACCAUCGCUGUCGUAGACUGUCCAACCUUCGCAAAUUGUUCCAGCGACGAAAGAAUCCAGUACGCCAGAGACCAACGACUCUGCUACUCAUGUUUAAAUCGAGGUCAUGUAACGAAAGAUUGUAAAUCGAAGGAAAAAUGUGGCACAGACGGAUGCACGUAUCUUCAUCAUCGUUUGCUUCACGGAGGAUCCUUACCAAGACAACGUAUCAGCUCUGCAAGAUCUGCGCUCCACAAAGACAGUAUCAUGCCGGUGGCAAGGGUCCGUUUCAGGUCUGCAAAUGGGACAACGCGUGAAGGAAACGUUCUCGUUGACAGUGGCGCUGGCACCACCGUGAUCCGAAAAGAAUUUGCACGAGCCCUAGGUCUUCAAGGGAGAAAGGAGAAAAUCAACAUAGCAGUCGUCGGCGGUAAAACGAUCACACAGAGCGACAGCCGAAGGGUAAAGCUAUGGAUCUCACCCCUCAACGGUAGCGAAUCAUACCCAGUCGAAGCACACGAAAUCGACCACACAAUUAUCAACGUCCCAGCCCUUGACCGAACCUGGCUAAAAUCCUUUGACCACCUCAGUGACAUCGAAUUUCCCCACCGCACCGGUCCAAUUGACCUAAUUCUUGGUGUUCAAUACAGCCAUCUCCAUGCUGAAAGUGAGGUUCGGCAAGGCCUGCCUUUUGAACCUGUUGGUAAGAAGACAAAGCUUGGAUGGCAUGUUAUUGGCCCAGACAAUGCGAAAGAAUCAAGUACCACCCAUCUGAACUUUGCAAAGAAAAUCGAUCUGGAAAACUUUUACGAUUUUGAGACACUAGAAAUUCGCGCAC